GGAAAUCCACGCCCACGUGCGCCGGGCGCGGAGGCUUGCUAACUUGUGCUGACCCGUUUGGGCAUCUUGUACCUUUUAAAUAGAGUGCCUUUUGGCUUAUGCAGUGUCACGUGGUCUCUCAGGACUCCUGGCAGGUAUUUGAUAAAUACUACGUUGCUGCUAGAGACUGUAAUACUGCAGUAGACACCGUUAUUACAUCAGUCAUAUCACAUAUGUGGCCUCCGUAGGGCAGUCUCGCAGUUCUUACGUAACUUAAGGAGGCGGAGCCUACAGGAAAUUUAAACCGAAGCCGCGGUCAAGGGCGCCCUGAGAAUGAUGCUAUAGUUGCGGAGGAACAUCCAGUGCACGGGAGUCUGAAAGAACUAAUGGAGCCCGCGAAUGUGUUACAGCGGCCUUGAAGAAUUAACGAGGCCGAGAAAGAGCCGAGAAUUUGAGGGGAUAGCCGGGAAACGGCGACGAUUGCUUUGAACUGGAGAGUUCAAUGGCUGAAAGUAGACUCCGGGCUCCGGACCUAGCGGCCCAGCUAGGAGUUGCCCGUUGUCAGGGGAAGUGCCAGAAGAGCUCACCAGACGCCGGGAGGCAGCCCUUGUCUGGAAAAUCCUUUUACUUGGAUCUGCCCGCUGGCAAGAACCUCCAGUUUUUGACUGGGGCCAUCCAGCAGCUGGGUGGGGUAAUUGAGGGUUUCCUGAGCAAAGAAGUAAGUUACAUCGUGUCCAGCCGCAGGGAGGCGAAGGCAGAGAGUGGAGGGACGAGUCACAGAGGCUGCCCCAGCCCCGGCGAGGUCAGAGUGGAGACACCGUCCGUGGCCAACCCGAAAGACAGCCAUGCCAGGCCUGCCCAGAAACCCGUGGAGUCGGUGCCUCUGAGCAGAGGGAAGGAGCUCCUGCAAAAGGCCAUCCGAAACCAGGGGAGCAGCAGCAGCCUCCUGAGCAACGCCCGCUCCUGGGGAGUGCGGAUUCUACACGUGGACGAAAUGAUGGUGCACGUGCAGCAGCUGUCUCUUGAAGCGCUACGUGUGAGGAAGCACGGGCCACAGAAGCCAGAGGGAACGUGUCCAGCAGAGUCAAGAACACGGAAAGUGGCCAGGCUGAAGGCGCCCUUCCUCAAAGUGGAAGAUGAGAGCAGGAAUUUUCGUCCUUUCUACCAUCAGUUUAAAUCCUUUCCUGAAAUUUCUUUUCUGGGACCCAAAGAUGCAAGUCCCUUUGAGGCCCCGACAACUCCAGGCAGCUCGCACCGUGCCAGAGAAGCCAAGGACCAGGAGCCAAGCCCGCGAUCGACCGCCCGCACCGUGCCCAGAAGGAAGAAAGGGUACUGCGAGUGCUGCCAAGAGGCCUUCGAGGAGCUGCACGGGCAUCUUCAGAGCCCCCAGCACCAGGGCUUUGCCCUGGAAGCCCACUCAUAUGCUGAAGUCGAUCAGAUCAUCGCCCAGCUCAGCCACAGCUUUGUGGACACCCCCUUCCAGACCAGCCUCCCCAGGCAGCCAGCCUCCUUGACUUCCGAUUGUGACCCUUUGUGUCUUGAGACGCCACCUCCCAGCCAGCCCUCCCACGUCAGGGCAGCGUCUCCCAGGAGGAGGAAAGAAGAUUGCCAGGCCCCAGGGGCCCCAGAAGGGGCAGCGGGCAGCAUGAAGGCACCAGCGGACCCUGUGGAGGCUGCCAGGAUACCCAGACCAGGAGCAAGCUGCCAGGAGCCAGGGACAUCAGCCGAUGUCUUUGUGGGUCCCCCAGAGACGCCAGUGUCCGGGAGCCCUGCUUACCAGUGCCUCCUGCCCAACUCUGGGUUUGCCCAGUUCUCCUCUGGCCCAGACCUGGCACUUGUUGGCCACAAGCGGAAGGUUCAGUUCCCCACUGGCAAUGCUGAGAAGAGGCCAGAGGUGUCCUGGCCACAGGCCUCGUUCUUUGUCCCGAGAGUGCCCAGCCCCUGUGGCCCCAGGACAACCAGUGGCCAGCUUCAUCUCCCCGUUCCCGGCCAUGAGCCCAGGCCUCUGGCCUCCCUCCUGCCCUUGUGCCACCCGCAGACCUGCCUCUCCCUCCACGGCCCUGUGCCCGGACAGCCCACAGACAAGCCAGCAGAGUUCUGGUCCACACAGGCCCCCUGGCCUGGGGGAGGACAGCCCCCAGGGUCUAAGGAUUCUGAGCGUGCAGCCCCUGACCUUGUCUCCCAGCAGGCUGAGCAGCUCCGCAGCAGCCCCGCAGCUCCAGGCCAGCCGUCAGCACCCCCGCAUUCAGCGGUGGGCACACAGUCCCCAGGAGGACCCGCAGAGAGCCAGUCCUCUUCUCCCCGCUCCACUCUGCCAGCCAGCGGGGGCACCAGCUGCUCCCGGUGGUUCUGGACCCCCCAGCCUCUCCCAGCCCCCUGCCCCACUAUCUCCCAGCCCAGCACCGAAGGAAGGGUGCUCCUGUGAGUCCCCCGGACACACAGCUUGGGGACCAGACAGCUCCCGUCUCGACGGCCACCUUGAGCUACAUCUCUGCUAAGGGCUGCACACCCAGCCCAGCCGACCAGACACAGAAGGAGGAGCCUCUCCCGGGGCCUGGCCCUCGAAGUCCAAGUGAGCAGCCCCGGUCAUGGUCAAGCUCUGUGGGGCUGACCAAGCCAGUCCUCCCACCUGCCGGGUCUUCAGGUGGGACCAAGAGCAUCUGGGCUGGGGGCUGUCCUCUCCCCUACCUCCAGCCACGGCUUGCACAGCCAUGGCCGGCCACGUAGGCCAGGAGGCCAAGGCAAGAUUGGCAUAGGAAGGGCCCACAAAGAAGCUGGAGUGGCAGGAGCCCUGGCCUGGCUUCCUGUCCCUCUGCGGGGCCCUUGCUCUGCAGAGCCAAGAGGGUUGGUUGCUGGUAUCCCCACCCCCACCCCCAGGCUCCUUUCCCACAAGCAUGUGGCUCCUGCUUUCUGAGAUGCCUGUGUCGUCCCCUCCCCCCGCCCCCCACGCUCGUGCACACAGAUCCUCGGGAACAUAUGAAGCAGAGGAGGGGCUCGGCUGCGCCACUUGCCGAGCUCCCUGCCCACUGCACUGAGUCGGGGCCCAGCCCCGACCUCUCCCCUGAGCCCGGGAUGUGGCCAGAGCCCCCUCUGGGGACCCCUCUCAGCUCUUCCCUGCCCACCCAGAGUUCUGUUCCGGGGUCAGCAGCUCACCUGCCAGCUUCUGCAUCUCCCUUCUCCCUCCCUCCUUCCCUAAGGACCUCCCCCCAUUUCUCUCAUGCAAGCCAUUAAUCUGGAGACAGAGAUGAGUUUGCGAUCGAUUCUUUGGCCACUUUUUUUUUAUUAUGUUCUGUGCUGUGGUUCGUCUCACUCUUCUCUGCUUCUGUGUUUGUCUCUUUAAAUGUUGACGCCACCAGAAGCCUGGUGCUAUUCUGUAUCUCAGUAUGGAGGAAGAAAAGGGGGCCUAGCUGCAGGCGAGGACCCGAGUUGUUAGUUUGGAAAUAGAGCAACUAGGUGUACAACCCUCUUAGAGGUUAUUAUUGGCCUUUUUAUGCCAUCCUGUUAAAUUUCACAAUUAAUCUUAGGCCAAGAGACGUGAAAUAAAUUUGUUAAAACAAAUAGCAAAGAGAUGGGGCUGAAGUACAGUGUGUCGGGCUUCGACCUGCCCUGCAGGGACCCAAGCAGGACUCAGCAGACACAGACAGAAUAACUGGGUAGCAGGACGGGCGCCUCCUGCUGCCACCUUCCCCUGGCCUGAGGGCCAAGGGGGUGGGGGGCCAGGCCCGUCUGGUCUCCGGGUCGCCCACUGGCCCUGCUGCCCACUCCCAAGGAAGCACCUUUGCCCUGGGGAGUGGGGUGCUCCAGGCCCUCUCCCCUUCCCUGGGGCCCAGACAGUCACUUCCUUCUGUGCCCCGAUGGGUACAUCCCUUUCCUUUUGUGACCCAUGGGCCUGCCUUGUCCCCCACGGCCUUUCCCGUGACACCACCACUAGUUCCCUGACCCCUUUCUCAGACCUCUGAUGCCCUCACAUGCUGGUCCCUGAGACCAGCCUGCCAGGUUCUGACCCCCAUCACCAUCUGCCCAGGACCUCGCAUCUGACUCGGGUUUUCCCUCCCGUUUCAACAACUUCCCGUGACCUUGGCCAUCACAUCUCUGCCAGGUCGGGCCCAGAGGCUGCCUCUCUCCACAGCCAGGUCUCUGCUCUGGCCUCCAGGAUAUGAGCUGAGGGAGGAACCCAGGACACCUGAGACCUGGCCCAGGACAGGGAGGUGCCGCUUGACAUCCAUCAGGCCCCUCGGUGGCUCCUCCACAUGGAGACUCUUCAGACCUUCCACUCCCUCCCUCUCGGCACAUGACCUUGACUCAGCAGGCACCCUGCAUCCUGCUCAAAGGAGGCAGUGUCCGGCCAGCCCUGUCCCUUCCUCCCUGGGUUCACCAGCUCUCCUUCCUUCUGCCCGAGAACUCCAUCCUGAAAAACAUGAGUGUGGAUGCAGCAGCUUAAAGAAAGCUUCCUCCUGUCCUCUGGCUCCUUCCUGUGGUCUGCAGCCACCUCCUCCUUCCCCGUCCAAACCUCCGCUGUGGCUCUGCCUGAAGCGCUCUGCUGAAUUGUCCCAAGGUCACUGGAUAACCUGAUCAUGUCCAGAGUCAGGUUCCUUUUCGUCUUUUCCACCUUGUUGAAACUUGGCCCCCCCACCCCCACCGACCCCAUGUUAGCCUGCCCCCCCCUCCCCCGCCACUGCCGGGUUCAGCACCAGCCUUAGGUGUCGGCCCUGAGCAGGCCCCAGCCCUCCAGCCCUCACCACCUCCCCAGGUGUGAGCCCAGGACCUUGUUCUCCUUGCAUGGGUUCUUUCGGGGCACUGGUAGCCCUGCCCAGCCCCCUUCGGUGUUCUGGUCUUCACUCGUGCUCGUGGGAAGGCAGGUUUAGCCGUGUUCAUGUUGUGACUCUGGACAAGUCCCUUAACUACUCUGGGCUCAGUUUCCUCAUCGUCCCCCCCCCCCUCGCACCCAUGGCAAUGGGAGUUCCUGGGCCAAGGAUCCAGUCCAAAUCAAAUUUAAGCUGCAGUGAGGCCAGGUCCUUAACCCACUAUGCCACAGUGGAAACUCCUUGGUUUCUUUGUGUUUAAACGAGGGGCUUGUCUGAGAUGAUUUCCAGGGUCCUUCCUCUGAUAAUAAAACUCCAGGACUCCCUGGGAA